AGAGGGGAAAACGCCGCACGAAUCGCUGCAGUUUCAGACGCUCAGAGAAGCGAAACCUCCGCGCGUUUCUGCGCCACCGCAAAGAAGACCCUCCGCUUCACUCCUCCGUGGAUUACCUUCCUGAAGCAGCCGAAACUCGUCUCAGAUAAGUAGGAUAAUAACUCAACCAGGUCGUUUAAAACCGAUUCCAGAUCUGCGCCGAAAGCGGCAAACACCAAAGUACAGUUGAAAAGAUUCUUGGCUCAGCCUAUUGAGACUUUCGGGCGGUCAAUUAUAUUCUGGACAGUUGUUGUUGUUUUUGUUUUUUAAGAGGUGACAAGUUUUGAUCUGCAAGCCCCCAGUGUUUAUGAAGGCGUGACGUGGAAGUAAACUCUGCAUUAUUCUUGGAUGAAAAACAACAACAACAGAGACACGCACACUUUGGGAACUAAUCUGAAUUUAAAGCACUAGGAUGUAGUUUUUUUUUUUUUUGUCGGAUCAGAGGAGAGGAUCUGGACCUCGAGAAUGAACUUCGUGAGCGACCUCCGCCUACUUUCUGUGCGGUAAAGACACGUCGAGCCAUGGGUUGAAAGAGACGAUGAUAGACUGCGGGGAUAUUCAACGUGGGAGGGUGCCGAGUUUUCUGUCUUAUGUAAUGAUUGACAGCGCCUGAACAUUAGGGGUCGAUCAUAAAUAACACCACCUCCCCAUCACCCCCCCCCCCCCCUGGAUGUCGAGGAGGCUAAAGAGUGCUUGAUGGAUACGAGAUGUGUACUAAUGACCUAAAGCUGCCCUUGAAGUUAAGAAGUAGGAUAUGUCACAGAUGAGAGGAUAACUUGAUAUUGGGUUUAUUCCUUGGUGUUUUCUUUUGCUCAGAGAGCCGUUAAAGCAAGUUUAAGUUCAUAAAUCUUUGAUCAGCCUCAUUGAGACAAUACUUACCUCCGUCACUCCCUCCCCCAUCCAGUCUCAGUCUGUUUUGUAAUAUUUUUGCUUCAUGAGUUCAUAUUCAUCAUGACGCCCCAAACUCUUGAUCUGCUCCAUGCUGAAUUGGCAGGGUCUUUAAAAAUGGCCGUGACUUCAGGAACACAAAUGAUCAACCGUGUGUUGAGCUUCUGUUCUGAACUCUAUUCUCCGCAUUGCAAUAUUUUCAAUGGCUACUAAGAUGCUGUAAUGCUCAUUUUUGCCCUCGGAGUUGGGGAUAUGUAGUCAUUCUGAAAUCCUCAACCUCUUAAUCUCUGUGACUUUCUGUUUCUGAACAUCUGAAGCCAUUACUUAAUCUUCAGUUGAGCCUUCGUUGGUCCCUCCCUCCCCCCCACUCAUCAGGGCUGGUGGGGGGGGUGGAUCUCGGCCCUACGGGGUCGAAAACUGUGGUGGUGGCCGGUGGUGGUCUUACCCCCAGAGACAGGGCUCCCACCAUGGAGACCAGCCCAGAGAGCCCAAACCGGGCAGUGGAGUACCUCCUGGAGCUCAACAACAUCAUCGAGAGCCAGGCCAAGCUCCUGGAGACCCAGCGCCGGCGCAUCGAGGAGCUGGAGGGCCAGCUGGACCGGGUCAGCCAAGAGAACCAGGAUCUGAGGCAGGACCGCAGCCCACAGACGCCAGGUUCGGACACUCUCGAGCAGAACCACAACCACAGCCAGCCUCUGCCCCUCCCCAUCCAUCGUGGCGGCGGUGGUGGCGGCGGUGGUGGCGGCGGUGGUGGCGGCGGUGGCGGCGGAGGCAGCAGCGGGAACGGUAGCACCACGACGGCUCAGGCGACAGCUGCAGCACCUACAACUCCAGGACCCAGCAGGGAGAGGAGGACCCACACCAGGCUGACCCGAGGUAUCUCCUGCAGCUCCUCAACCACCGAGCGAGACAGGCUGGAACUCACCGACAGCACAGACGCCAACACCAGCUCCACCAUACGGAGAAAUGUGGAAGGGGACUCCCAGUGUCCAGAGACGGGCGCUCACAAGGACAUCCAGACGCCAUUCAGCCAGAAACCGUACCUGCGCGGCUCAGAGCGCUACACUGACAGCAGGACCAGCAGCGCACCCGCCGGUCCCAGGGACCCUUCAUGCGUGUCCGCCUCCAGUUCAGCCAGCUUAGCCUGGGCACUGCGAACACGCCACCAACCGGCGAGUCUGGCCCUCCGCAAGCAAGAGGAAGAGGAGAACAAGAGAUGCAAGGUCCUUUCAGACAGCUAUGAGCUCUCGACCGAUCUGCAGGAUAAGAAGGUGGAGAUGCUGGAGAGAAAGUACGGCGGCUCCUUUGUAAGUCGCAGAGCAGCGAGGACCAUUCAGACGGCCUUCAGACAGUAUCGCAUGAACAAGAACUUUGAGCGCAUCAGAAGCUCCGCGUCAGAGAGCCGCAUGACUCGCCGCAUCAUCCUGUCCAACAUGAGACUGCAGUAUUCCUUCGAUGAGCGACAGCCUCAGCAGCAGGCCCAGACGCAGACGAGCUUCACCCACAACGUGGCCAUCGGGCCUCCUCAUUCCCCCGACCCAGACCGACCGGGAGACUACACCCACUUAGAGGACUCCUUUUCCAAACAGGUCAAGUCCUUAGCUGACUCCAUAGACGAUGCCCUUACCUGCCGCGCGGGUCGCGAUGACUCCCAGGAGGGCAGCAGGGAGGGCGGAGGCCUGAGUGAAGACUUUGGGGAGUGUGUGUGGAGCAGCAGCAGCAACCCCUCCUCCCAAAGAGGUUUGGGAGAACGAGCCAGGGGAGCUGGAGGAGGACUCAGUAUGCACGGCGACAGCACCGCCACCUCGUACAGCGACGUCACCCUUUACAUGGAUGAUGGCAUGCCGUCGUCCCCGCUGUCCCUGGAUCGGGCACCCAGCAGCACAGACACAGAGUACUGGGGCCCCGGUGGUGGUGUCGGAGGGCGUGAGGACAGCAGGGACACUGAGGGAGGGGGCAGCAGCAACAGUCGGCGCAGCACCCCGUGUACCGAGUGCAGGGACUACCGUCUCAGAGGCGCCCAUCUGCCUCUCCUCACCAUUGAGCCGCCCAGUGACAGCUCUGUGGACAUGAGCGACCGCUCAGAUCGUGGCUCUCUGAACAGGCAGCUGGUCUACGAGCAGGAGCCUGGUGUCGGGGCUUGCUCCCCUCAGGGAACCCUCAAACACUCCCCUACCACAGGCACCCACCCAUCCUCCACAGCAGCUGCCCAGGGUCAGACCCGGGCCCCCGGCAGACCCAUACCCACACACAUUCCUCAACAGGUGGCGGCACACCACCACCAUCACCACCACCCUAUCCACCACCACCAGUACCCUGACACGCCGUCGUCGUCGUCCUCCCCCCAGCAGCCCCCCACCACCCCUCUGUCCUCCUCCUCCUCGACAGCUCUGCCUCCUGGCGGUCUGGAGCAGCCGUGCUGCUCGGACGGGGACAACGACUCGCUCAACUCCACCACCAACUCCAACGAGACAGUCAACUGCAGCUCCGGCUCCUCGUCUCAGGACAGCCUGCGCGAGCCUCUUCCCCCUCUGGGGAAGCAGACCUACCAGAGAGAGAGCCGCCACAGCUGGGACUCCCCGCCUUUCAACAGCGACGUGGUGCAGAGACGCCAGUACCGCAUAGGUCUCAACCUCUUCAACAAGAAGCCAGAGAAAGGGAUCCAGUACCUGAUAGAGAGAGGUUUCGUAUCGGACACUCCAGUUGGGAUUGCUCGCUUCAUCUUGGAGAGGAAGGGCCUCAGCCGGCAGAUGAUUGGAGAGUUCCUGGGAAACCGACAGAAGCAGUUCAAUAAAGAUGUGUUAGACUGUGUGGUGGAUGAGAUGGACUUCUCGGGAAUGGACCUGGAUGAUGCUCUCAGGAAGUUCCAGGCGCAGAUUAAAGUUCAAGGAGAAGCCCAGAAGGUGGAACGGCUCAUAGAAGCUUUUAGCCAGAGAUACUGUGUGUGUAAUCCAACGCUGGUUCGGCAGUUCCAGAACCCAGACACCAUCUUCAUCUUAGCCUUCGCCAUCAUCCUCCUCAACACAGAUAUGUACAGUCCCAACAUCAAGGCUGAGCGGAAGAUGAAACUAGAGGAUUUCAUCAAGAAUUUGAGAGGCGUAGACAAUGGUCAGGAUAUACCCAGGGACCUGCUGGUUGGGAUCUAUCAGCGGAUACAGAAAUGGGAGCUACGGACCAACGAUGACCACGUGUCCCAAGUGCAAGCAGUGGAGAGAGUCAUUGUGGGCAAGAAGCCUGUGCUGUCCCUUCCCCAUCGUAGGCUGGUGUGUUGCUGCCAGCUCUAUGAGGUCCCUGACCCCAACAGGCCGCAGAGGACCGGGGUGCACCAACGGGAAGUUUUCCUCUUUAAUGACCUUCUGGUGGUGACCAAAAUCUUCCAGAAGAAGAAAACCUCAGUGACUUAUAGUUUCAGACAAUCGUUCCCUUUGGUUGAGAUGCAAGUGCACAUGUUCCAGAACUCGUACUACCCUCAUGGUAUCCGCCUGACCUCAGCACUCCUGGGUGGUGAGAGGAAGGUUCUUAUCGUCUUUAUGGCACCCAGUCAGCAAGACCGAACCCGCUUUGUUAGCGACCUCAGGGAGAGUAUAGCUGAAGUGCAAGAGAUGGAGAAAUACAGAGUGGAAUCGGAGCUGGAGAAACAGAAAGGUGUGAUGCGGUCCAGCUUGCUCACUGGAGGUGUGGUUGGAGGCGUAGGUGUGAAGAGCGAUGUUGUGAAUGGCACCCUGGGAAGGACCAGUUUUGAUGACAACUGCUCAGUGGGCGAGGGUCUCAAACGCACGGCGCUCAGCUCAUCUCUCAGGGACCUAUCGGAUGCAGGGAAACGUGGUCGCAGGAACAGUGUUGGUUCUCUGGACAGUACCAUGGAAGGCUCCAUCAUUAGCAGCCCACAGCCUCACCAGCGCUAUCCAGUGCCAGGCGUGUUGCCGGGCUGCUACGCAACAGAAGACUUUCGGCCUCAUCGCCCCAUCCUGAGCCCCGGAUCGGGGGUGGGGGGUGGGCCGGGGCAACAACAUACCACUGCUGGGACAGGAGUUGGGGGACUCUCCAGCAGUGUAGAGAGAGCAGGAGCGGGGAGCGGGCCUGGGGGGAGCAGCAGCAACAACAACAGCGGCUCCUUCCUGGGUUCACUAUUCGGCAGCAAACGUGCCAAACCACCAGGGCCCCUUAUUCCACCGGGGCCACCCUACCCCGCACCUGUACCCCCACCGACUACGGGAGGGCCCCCACCUCACUCCCCUUCAUCGCUGUGCCAGCUGGACGGGGGCCCUUCCAAGAUCCAGGCGCUGCACGCACAGUACUGUCACGUGGGAGCCGUGCAGCCCCCACCACCUUACUACCAUCACCAUCGCUACCACGUCCAAACCGUCCCGCCUCCUUUGCAAGGCGUGCCCCCUCAUUCUAUACAGAGAUGCCCACUAGCCUGUCGUCCACCGCUUGGCCCCCGACAUGUCCAGCACCCGCAGCUGGCCCAUCUCUCCCAGCUCUCCCAGCAUGGGCUUCCGGUUCGUUACGCCAACAUGGUGGUGGGAUGUCCCCCACCCCUUUCUCCUCUCUCCCAACACUCCCAGAACCCACAGUUUGCCCUGUACCACGCGCAGCCUACACACUCUAUCAGAGGGGGCGGCAUCCCUGGUCCCAAACUUCCAUUAACCAUGUCUCACUCCCACCCGCACCCACACGCACACUCCCAAACCCACCCUGGACACGUGCACACACCCCACCCGGCCACCCACUCCACCCAUCAAACACACUUCAUAUUCGGCACCCUGCCCCACAACCUUCCGUCCGCCUCCGUCAAUGCGCAUCACGCAGUGUCCGCCGGCCCGUAUCUGCCCCAGUACCCUCCGCUUUCUUCUAUCCCCCCUCCCCCACCACAUUCCCCUUUACCCCCCCCUUUGUCCCCCCUUACCCCUCUUACACCUCUCUCCCCUCUCCCCCCCCUGCACCCCGGGCAGCCUCAGCAGGGGCUGCAGGUGACGGGUGCUGGAGUGACAGGUACAGGGGGCAGCUCCAAAUCCAAACCUAUCAACCGGAUAAGUACCGUGGUGUGAGCAGGAUGUGGGGCCCCAGGGGUCAGAGGUCAGAUAAUAGAGUGGAGGAGGUUGGCAGAGCUAGGCCUAGGACCAAGUCUGCCAGGACAGAAAGUAACAGCAGCAGCGCGACUGACAAGAGGAAACGCAGUUUGCUUCGUCUCUGUUACUUUCACCUCCGUUUCCCACAUAUGUAGGGAAAUAAAAAGCACAGCUUUGAAACCUGCACACACAGAAACACAUACACACGCACACACACACACACACACACAUGCACAUCCAAAUGUAUAAACACUCCACACAAAAUAUCAAAAAGGCCUAUAGCCAUAUAAUUUAAGAUGAAACUAAAUCUAUAUCUAGAUAUAUUGCCUCAGUUUUAAUUGUUUGAAGUCUAGUUGAGGCAGUAUGAGACUAUUUACAUGUACAGUACCAAAAUGUGAUAAUGUGACACUGGAGGAAAAAACAGAGACUAUAUAUAUAUCCAGCUGCUUACAUGUAAAUAAAGACAAAAAAACACCAAAUGCAUUCCAGGGGAGUUUGACAUUAAAAACAGCAGAGAGUUGCAAAAAAAAUGUCCCUUGACUUUGCAAUAAUGUACUUGGCUUCACGAUGUCUCUGUCCACUUUUGCAGGUUCCGCUUUGCUGACAGGCAUCUUUUUUUCUAAACAAGACCUCAGAUAUGUUGCUUUGUCUUACAUUUUUAAAACCAAUGCACGGUUUCCUGACAGUCUUUUGCUUAAAGGUCUUUUACAUGUCAACAGGAGCCACCUGCUUUAUAAUGCAUUCCUUGUGGGGUAUGGGAAAUUAAUGAUACAAUCAAUAAUAUAUUUUGAAUGUUUCUGAAGCUUCUUGCUGUUUUAUCGAUAUUAUAAUAUACCUGCUAUGAGUAUGAUGAAUAUUGUACAAUAUUUGUUUUGAUCAGUGAUUAAUUAUAUCAGCAAAUGUUUGUACAUGGUUAUAGAGAGUAUAUACACAUAUAAAUCCCCUCAGUUUGCCAAAACCACCAGAGGCUGUUCCAAUAUGUGUAGCGUCGAUUUAUUUCCAUAGUACCAUUGAAGUUCAUCUUUUUAAUAUUAUAGGUUGUUAAAAAAAAUGUAUGAGGUUUAGUUUAGUUAAAAUUGAUUUGAACACAAUGUUCAAAUGUCCUCCUUUUCUGUUUAGUUUGAUGUGAGCAAACAGGUGGCAUACUUUCUCAAAUGGGGUGACUAACAAAACUUGAAUUUAAAGAAUGGAUCUGAGUUCAUGUUUCAUAUUUCAUAUUUCUAUAUAUAUAUAUAUAUUAAAGAGGCUCCCAGUAUUGGAAAAAGGCUUGAAAUUGAAGAGGAAAAAAAAGUUGUUGUGGACGAAGCCAUUCCCUCGUAAUUAUACUAUAUCAUCUGUACUCACUUCCUCACAGUCAUCAGAUUUAGUCAUUUUGUGUUUUUCUCUGUUUUGAAGAAGCACGCUUUUUACAUGCUGUUUUGUGGUUUUGCACACGUGAUGUCUUAAGUCAGAAAUGGCCUUCUUCUUAUCCUCCCUCUUCUGCCACUUUUAGAAAUCUCUUGUUACAUUUUCUGAUGCCACAGCAUCCCGCUGGGGGAUUCUCGUUUAAGACCGUUUCAAGUAGAGAAUGUAAAAUAGCCUACAUCAUGUAAUCCCACUUGUGUAAGUGUUACUCCUUUUUGCUACGGCAACUGUAAUGAGCACUGAUGUCAUUUACCUGCAGUGCCAUGGAUUACCAAGGGAAAACUACAUAUAAUCUGAUUUAGGAUAGAAUGAUGGGAAUGAGGACAAAAGGGCAGAAGUCAAAGUCACAAACUACUGAAAGAGAUGGCAAAGUUGAAGAUCCUCAACAAAGAGAUUUUAAGGAGGUUUGGAGAUGGUCAAGAAUGUCAGAUGAAGAUUUUAUAAGUAUAUGUUGGCGAGCUUUUUCUUUUUCUUGUGUCCUUUUAUGACUCGUCUUGCAUGAAUAUACCUGCCCUUAUUGAAUAGAUUGUAUUGUAAAAAUCUGAAUGUACAUAUUAUAGGCUUCUAUACAUAUGCUUCUUAUCAUAACUAUGGGAUGAACUACUCCCAUUCUGUAUUCAGGUGCGUGCAUGUGAGUGCCACACGUCUGUACGUAUAAAAGAGGGGCGGGGAUAGGAGAUGUUGGCCACAAGGAAUGUUGAUUUCUUUUUCUUUUCUUAUUAUUUCUGACUGAAGGUGAGCGGAUGAGUUACCAUGAUAUAAAUUAAAGCCUAAAAGAAGUUUAUAUGUUGGUGCAGUUAUUGAUUUAAAACAAAUGAUUUCAUUUUUUUUUUCUUUGUGUAUGUAUUACGUGUACUGAAAGAAUAGAGAAUUGAGAUGUGAAUAUUUAUUGCUUCUGAUAAAUUAAAGUGUCCUUGCAGUGAA